AUGGAUAUCCGGCGUCUCGAACCGCGGGACAUCCCGCUCAUCCAACAUGCCAACCUCGAGAACCUGCCCGAGAACUACUUCAUGAAAUAUUACCUAUACCACGCCCUGUCCUGGCCCCAGCUCAGCUACGUCGCCGUCGACAUAUCCCGCCCCAAGAAGACCCCUUACGACUACCCCAAGAUCGUCGGCUAUGUGCUGGCGAAGAUGGAGGAGGAGCCCGCCGACGGCGUCCAGCACGGCCACAUCACCUCCUUGUCCGUCAUGCGCACACACCGACGCUUGGGUAUUGCUGAGAAGCUGAUGCGGCAGAGUCAACUAGCCAUGGUCGAGACCUUCGGCGCCCAGUACGUGAGCCUGCACGUGCGCGUCUCCAACAAGGCCGCCAUCCACCUCUACACCAAGACCCUCGGCUUCGACCAGGAGAAGACCGAGGCCAAGUACUACGCCGACGGCGAGGACGCCCACUGCAUGCGCCUCGACCUCUCCGCCAUCCGCGCCCAGAUCCAGGACGCCCAGCUCGACGCCGACGACAACGAAGGGUCCGAGGGCGUGGACGAGGGCGACCCCGUCGGCGACGGUGGAAAAGCUGAGGGUGAUGGCAAUGGGGAUGGUAAUGACAAGGCACUGCCGAAUAGACCGAAGGAGACGAAGCGCAAGGUCAAGGUUGGACGGGCCCUUGGCGUGCAGGCGCUGGUUGAGAAGGACGAGAGUAAGCAUGCUUAA